GGGAGAAAACCGCAGUGGAUGCUGGGAUACGCGAUGCGAGUCGAAUAGGGCAAUGGACGAGCAACAAACUGUAAGCCGCACGCGCAUGCUCUUCCUGUUUUGCACCCUGAACCGCCUUCAGCAGUUAAUUUUUCGUCUUCCCCGCCUUUUCUCUCACAAUAGCAACCCCAGCGGUGACAAACUCAGCUAGUCAAGGGCGACCGUUACCAGCAUUAUCGCACUCAGCGGCAAGUCAUCUACAUGAUCCAGCAAUUACCGUCGCGGGUUUCGAUGGCAUCUGCUGCUGGAGUCUGCCAAACAUGACGAUCACAACAGCGCCAUCAUUAUAAAUACCGUUCCAGGUCAACAGAGGAAGACAAUGAAAGAUCCCUGCCGACUCACUCUUCUCCUUAUCACUCCAAAACGAUGACUGUCUCAGAAAUCAAGAAGCUCAAAGUCGGAGUUGCUGGCUUGGGCCGUAUGGGCCAGCGUCAUGCUUUACAUUACUACAACCUUGUCGCUCGCGCUGAGCUCGUCGCCGUUUGCACUAUCAUGCCCCACGAGAUGGUUUGGGCGAAGGAGAACCUCCUCAACGUUGCAGUCUACGACAAAUAUGAUGAUAUGUUGAAUCAUCCCGGCAUUGAAGCCGUGGUCGUCUCUACGUCGGCUGCUGUGCAUGGUGAACAGAUCCUCAAGGCCAUCGCAGCCGAUAAGCAUUGCCUAUCUGAGAAGCCGCUCGCUCACAACACCGACGAGUGCAAUCAAAUUAUCACAGAAGCCGCCAAAAAGCCCUACUUGAAAAUCCUCUGCGGAUUCUCACGCCGUUUUGAUGUUUCCUACCGCGAUGCAAAGGCAAAGGUCGAUUCUGGACUUAUUGGAAAGCCCACGGUUUUCAAGUCUCAGACCGGAGAUCACUGGCUCAAAUCCUUCUACAAAGGCUACGCAAUGACAAUGGGUGGUCUAUGGAUGGACAUGGGUAUUCACGACACCGAUCUUAUGUUUUGGUUUUUUGGGCACGAUGCAAAGAUCAAAUCCAUUUCGUCGUCUGCUACUUGCGUCGUUGUUCCAGAACUCAAAGAUGCAGGUGUGAAGGAUAACACGAUUGCCAUUAUCGAGUUCUACGAUGAGCGAUUCGCCUGCCUUUUCAUUUCAUCAAUGCUGCCUGCUGGUCAGGAGGAUACUUGUGAGAUCAUGGGUCCGGAGGGUAAACUCACGAUUAAUGUCGAACCCCAGGCUAAUUUCGUUCGCAUUCACGACUCAACUGGCAUUAGAAAAGAAGUGCCUCCCACCUACUUUGAGCGGUUUAGAGAAGCCUUCGUGACUGAAGCCAUUGAGUUUGCUGAUGCGUGCUUGGAUGACAAGCCUCUUCCUAUUACUUUGCAGGCUGCCGCUCGUGCAGUUGAGACUGUACUGCUCCUUCAGGAGGCCUUGGAUUCUGGCGAGAAGAUCUACUUUGACAGGAAUGGGCAACGGGUUGCAAAGCCGACUGCUUAAGAUAGAGUGAGAUCGCGAAUAGCUUGAAGAAGCAAUAUAAAUGGAACGAAUAUAAAUAAACAUUGAAUA